UAAAUAAAUAAUCAGGACUGGCAACAUGUACUCGUCGGUGGCCGACAUCUCGGCUCUGGGGCGGGCGAUGCAUCCUGCGGUCGACGCUGCCGCCGCCGGUGGUGACGCGGCGGUGGAUCCGGCCGGCCUCGAUGUUGUCGGAGCUCGUCGCCGGGGUCGGGUAUCUAUCCGUGGGGGGUGCGGCGCGUGGUCGUGCCGUACGCCAACGGCAAGCACGUCGUCGACGCCUUCAACAAGGCCGGCAGCAUCGGGAACUACACGUCCCUGCUCGUGCUCUCCUGCCCGACUACGCGCCCGUCAACGCCAGCGUCCGCCUGUACCCGGCCGGACGGGAGCCGGCGGGUGGCCUUCAAGGCCGUCUUUGAGAACCUGGACCUGCCCGCCCGGCCCGACACCAUGUUCUCGACCGACUGCGGCACCUGGGUCUCCUUCACCGGCGUCGUCUACAGCACCCAGCCCCUGGACCAAUUCGUCUUGGAGGUCGACGCCGCGGGUGGGGGUGGUGAGCGACGAGAGUCUGGCGCUGAGGGCGUUAAUGAAGAAAUCAAAGGAAGCUAUAUUAAACAAUAAGUAGCAAUCAAUUGAUACUCUUCCCUUUUAUUAAUGGUUGUGUCCCCACACCUUGUUUCUAU